ACCUGGCAGAAGGCUACUAUGGAAGGGGAUGGUUCCGAAACGCUGGUUACCAUUAAGAAUAUCGAAAGAGAGCUCAUUUGCCCCGCAUGCAAGGAGCUUUUUACCCAUCCGUUGAUUCUCCCUUGUCAACACAGUAUCUGUCAUAAGUGUGUAAAAGAACUCUUGCUGACACUCGACGAUUCCUUCAACGAUGUGGGAUCGGACAAUUCCAAUCAGAGCAGUCCUCGACUCCGGCUCCCCUCUCCUAGCAUGGACAAAAUUGACAGAAUUAGCAGACCAGGCUGGAAGCGCAGCUCCCUGACCCCUAGGACCACCACUUUUCCUUGCCCUGGCUGUGAGCAUGACGUGGAUCUUGGAGAACGAGGAAUCAAUGGUCUGUUUCGCAAUUUCACUUUGGAGACCAUUGUCGAGAGGUACCGGCAGGCAGCCAGGGCAGCCACGGCCAUCAUGUGUGACCUCUGCAAACCCCCACCGCAGGAGUCCACAAAAAGUUGCAUGGACUGUAGCGCGAGCUAUUGCAAUGAGUGCUUCAAAAUUUACCACCCGUGGGGUACCGUGAAAGCUCAGCAUGAGUACGUGGGCCCAACCACGAAUUUCAGGCCCAAGAUUUUAAUGUGCCCAGAACAUGAAACUGAGAGAAUUAACAUGUACUGUGAGUUGUGUCGGAGACCGGUUUGUCACCUCUGUAAGCUGGGUGGCAAUCAUUCCAAUCACCGAGUAACCACUAUGAGCAGUGCCUACAAGACCUUAAAGGAAAAGCUUUCAAAGGAUAUUGAUUACCUUAUUGGCAAGGAGAGCCAGGUGAAGAGUCAAAUUUCUGAACUCAACUUGUUAAUGAAAGAAACCGAGUGUAAUGGAGAGAGAGCUAAAGAAGAAGCAAUCACACAUUUUGAAAAGCUCUAUGAGAUUCUAGAAGAGAGGAAAUCAUCUGUUUUGAAAGCAAUUGACGCUUCUAAGAAACUGCGAUUAGACAAAUUUCAGACCCAAGUGGAGGAGUAUCAGGGGCUUCUAGAGAACAGCGGGCUUGUGGGAUAUGCCCAAGAAGUGCUUAAGGAGACGGACCAGUCUUGUUUUGUACAGACGGCGAAACAACUCCACCUCAGAAUACAGAAGGCUACGGAAUCUUUGAAGAGCUUUAGACCUGCGGCUCAGACUUCUUUUGAAGACUAUGUUGUUAAUACAUCUAAACAAACAGAACUUCUUGGGGAGUUGUCCUUCUUCUCUAGUGGUGUAGAUGUGCCAGAGAUCAAUGAGGAGCAGAGCAAGGUGUAUAACAAUGCUCUGAUCAACUGGCACCAUCCAGAAAAGGACAAAGCUGACAGCUAUGUCCUUGAAUAUCGGAAGGUUAACAGAGAUGAAGAGAUGCUGUCUUGGAACGAGAUAGAAGUGUGUGGCACGAGUAAAGUCGUUUCCGAUCUGGAAAGCAAUUGUAACUAUGCUUUCAGAGUAAGAGCCUACAAGGGCUCAAUCUGUAGUCCUUGCAGCAGGGAGCUGAUUCUUCACACCCCUCCAGCUCCAGUUUUUAGUUUCCUCUUUGAUGAAAAAUGUGGCUAUAAUAAUGAACGCCUCUUGCUGAACUUGAAGAGAGACCGUGUUGAGAGUAGAGCUGGGUUUAAUCUUCUGCUUGCUGCGGAGCGUAUCCAAGUGGGUUAUUACACCAGUUUAGACUACAUCAUUGGAGACGUUGGAAUUACCAAGGGGAAGCACUUCUGGGCCUUCCGCGUGGAACCGUAUUCAUACCUGGUAAAAGUGGGAGUCGCUUCCAGUGAUAAACUACAAGAAUGGCUCCAUUCUCCCCGGGAUGCAGUUAGUCCAAGAUACGAGCAAGACAGCGGCCAUGACAGCGGAAGUGAAGAUGCCUGCUUUGAUUCACAGCCCUUCACGUUAGUCACCAUAGGCAUGAAGAAGUUUUUCAUACCCAAGUCAGCCACUUCCGCCAAUGAACCUGAGAAUAGAGUUCUUCCGAUGCCAACAAGUAUAGGGAUUUUCCUUGACUAUGACAAAGGCAGAGUGGCUUUCUAUGACAUGGAUCACAUGAAAUGCCUUUACGAGCGCCAGGUGGACUGUUCGCACACGAUGUACCCAGCAUUUGCAUUAAUGGGCAGUGGAGGAAUUCAGCUUGAGGAACCCAUCACAGCAAAAUAUCUAGAAUACCAAGAGGACAUGUAGUUGAAGCACGUGAUGUGACUUAGGGUGCAAAAGGGGAGCAAAACGACGGCUCUGUGGUAACCUUCGUAACUAAUUACACAUCAUCUAAGUAGUCUGUGGCCACACUUGUAUUUUGUGUGUGUUUCUUCUUAAAUCGGAAAAACCUAAACAGUCUUGCCUCUUUCCUGUCUUCAUCCUGCCUUUCACAAACUGCGGGAGUAAAGACGCUCUCUCCUGGUUGACCCUGAAAUGGUGAAACGCUGUAACUGGAUUGUCUUUCUUUUCUUAUGAACAGGAAAUCUAAUGUAUUUAUGUCAGUCAGUGUUGCUGAUACUGAUGCUUCUUUUUUGAGGGGGAAGGGAUACAAAACUAUUUAUUAUUAUGUUUCUUUUGUGUUUGGUUUUUCAUUUGGUAUCAUGUUUAUGUCUUAAGAGAAGCUAUUUUUUAGAUGCCUUAUGGAUAGAAAUUAGUACUUAGCAUUGUGUCUUGUGUAUGUUUUUCACAAGAAAACAAAGGUAUAGUUAGUAUAAAGGCCAGAGAAAUGGUAGUAUAUUUAAAUGGGAAAUUAUGUAUUUUGAAGUGCGUAACUAAUAUUCAGAGUAUAUUCCCCAGAAAAUGAAUACUGCUUUUUUUUCUUUUGAGACGGCAAAUUGUAUUUUUAAGGAUAUUUUUAAGAGUUCGCUUACCUGUAAUUGCCCAUACCUGAUCGUGUGUAAACGUUUUUGUUUUUUGUUUCUUGUUUUUGCAGGAAACACUAAGUUCUUGGCUAGCACAAGCAGCUUUUUGCUUGGUGUAAUUUUUUUUUUUUUUUUUUAGAAAAUUUGUCUUCAGUUUUUCUUACUCUGAAAAUACCUGCGUCUGUAUCAAAUAAUUUAUUUUUCACAAAUAUUAGAGAAGCUGCACUGAUAUUUAACAUAUUUGUUCUUUGCCCUCUUAUUGUGUCCUGUGAUUUUCAUUUUUUGGCACCAAUAUUACAUAUCACAUUGCCCUGGUUUAUGUUUACAUGUUUGGAAAGUUCAUGAAAUAUUUUUAAUGUCAUUAAAUAUGUUCUAAAAUGUAGAGUAACUUACUGGUCAGUUGGAUGAUAUUUUCUAUGGCCUGUUGUUUGGCAAUAAGCAUCUGUAAAAGUCAGUAGAACUACAAGUCUAGUUUAGGAAUAAUAAUGAAAAUCAUAAUUGACUUUGUGUGUACCCUUUUAAAAGUUCUUCUGAUUUGAAGAAUUAAUACUUUGACAUUUUACAUUCAUUUUUGAAAGAUGUCCUUUAAAGGGUUUUUACUCAAACUGCUUAUUUUUUAGAAGUCAAAGUGUUCAGAAACUAAGCUGUUACACAUUGUAGCGCUAAUGAUUUUGAAAUGCUUUUGAUCUCUCUUAAUAGACCCACCAAAAUCUUAGGCCUGAUUUGGUUUCCUUGUUGUUUGCUUGUUUUUAAUAUAUAUUUUUAAGUGGAAAUCUGUUAUUCAGGCUGGCAGCAUCAAAUUGGCCUUCCCCCCCCCACCCGGAGUAGGAAGUAUCAUGGAGAAGUUGAGUGUUUAGUAGGUUUGUACCUUCCUACCGAUGAAUAAGCACUUUACGACAUAGGCUGAACUAAACAAAUAUGCAGUAUUAUGUGGAUCAUUGUGCAGUAAGACUGCUAGAGUCACGUGUGUGGUCAAGUUUGAGCCUCAAGCUUGUGUAAGCACAUAUCAUGUAAUGUAAGCAUUUUAAAUAUAAAGCUUUAAUAGGAUAGGGAAGCCACUUAAAACGUUGUAUAGUUGUAUAGAAAUUGUUCUCCGUGUUUGCUUUCAUUUUGAAUAAAAAUUAAAAUAAGUGUAA